UUAUAUCGCAUAUUUUUUUGUAGGUUUCGUUUUAUUUCUGUUUUACAUUCCGACAAUUUUCUUGGCUUUAAAUAUACCUAAAUGUAGCAUAGAGUAUAAUUGAGAUCUGCAGGAAUUGAGAGCACAUCCCUGAUCUUAAUUAUAACAUUGUGGUCAUGGUGGUGGCGGGCAGAGAACCGCGCAAGUGGCUUUUCGAGUAUGAAAGGAUCGUUGUGCUAUACAUCUAACGGGCAGCCACGAGCCUUAAAGGCGAGGCAAGGGCUUGGCUUUAGCUAAGAAGUCGGUUGGCCAUCGAACGACGUUGCUAGUCGUUUCUCAACCCUUUCGUGGUUACGUCACGUUAAAAAAGCUAUUUGGGGUCAACACCCCGCUGCAGCGACACGUGUAGUACUCCUCGACUCUGUCUCUCCGCGUCCUCCCUCGACCCUCUCCGCCGUCCUCUUUUCCCUGGUAUAUGAAGGCAACCGUCUCCUCUCUGCCUACUCCUCGCGAUUCCCGACGCCAUUGCUGCCACCUCCUCCGAUAGUAUCCCUUCUACUCGACUUAGUUUCCACUGGAUUUCUAAGUUCCCUAGAUACUAGCUGAGCCUGUGUUCUAGCCGCGCACGAAGGAACGUCGUUCCACAGGCACUUUACUGGCCGAAUCGUCGCGGCUAUCAACGGACAGACAGUUCAAGGCUGUCAAAAGAUCAAGAGACUACGGUCGACACCCUGUUUAUUCAUGAGUUACGUUAUGAUGGUAUUAAUUUGGGGAUCGUAAAAGAAAAAUAGCACGGUAGUGUGUUAUAUGGAAAAGAUGUUUGGAGAACUGCGCGAAAUCACGUAGAUACACUCCUGCCGCUAUAAAUUAGGAAAAACCAAGAUUUCUGAUAAGAUAAGGUAUAUCGGAUCAGAAUAGCUUGUAAGAAAAAACAGUUACUGAUAGAUAUUAUUUGUAUGUUGGUAUUUGUUUCAAAAGAUAACCAAAAUCGGUCGUACAUAUCGAAGAAGAAAUUUGCUUUGGUACAUAUAUACUUAUACGUAUAUAUGUAUUGUAAAGGAAUACAGUAUGAUGAAGCAUAGCAGGGAAGCCAUGAGAUUAGAAUGGACUAAUACGCAGCCCCAAGCGAUACAGCCCUGGCCGUGGGCGCGCUAGCAGUAGGAGAGCCAACCAAGUUUCUCUAAAACCGCGUCGACGUAGUAGAAUUAGCACGCUGGUCUUGCUAGAGCGAAACCAAGGACACUAGAGGAAUACAGCAGAGAGGAAGUAACAGCAGCAACAGCGGUGGAGUGGCCUACGGUGGUGGUUACAGUGGCGGUAGCGGUGGCGGCAACUAGCAGAGGAAUCGAAUCAUCGUGUGGCGGCGUCAGCGGCGGUAGCGAGUAGAGUCAAAUCAUCGUGGCGCGGCGUCGACGACGAACGACGACGACAGCGGCAGCGGCAGCGGCGGUGGCGGCGGCGGCGGCAGUGUCGGCGGUGGUGGUGAUGGUGGUGGUGGCGGCGGUGACGGCGGCGAUAGCUCCCCUUUACCCCGACCCACGUUGUCUACGUGUAUGUCUCUACCUCUUUACCCCGUCACCGCUGGUACCGUCCCCGCCGUACCUACCGCCCCCACCUCAGCUCCGCCACCGACAGACGAUCCCUCCGUUCCCGCGUGCUCUGUUCUCCCCUGCCCGACUCUGAGACUCUCCGGAGCUUCCCCUUCCAGCGACUUUUUUUGUCCGUAUACGCCUCGUCCAUCGCGACAAGGCAGCUUCAAGCCUUUUUAUCAGUCGACCGAAAAGAUCCGUGGGGAUCCUUCCGCGGCAGCGCCCCGCGUAUCGCUUCCAGCCAACCCUCGUGUGUUGGAAACGCGUUACCUCGUGGUAUACGAUACAUACAUGUAUUUUUCGUUUGAAGUACCAACCGAAUUUUCAUCGUUCAUAUUUACUUCACUUUCUGCACUCGACAUUACGUUUAAGGGAGUACAAAGUAAAAGCGCGGGAAACAAUCAGUGACUUGGCUCUUUCGUCGUUUUAAAUCGAUCGUAUCGAUAAAGAUAGUGAGCAUCGUAUAAUAAAAGCUUCCGAUAAUGAAGUCGUUUCGACAUUAUUGUAGUGGUGUAGAAUACGCGUGUCGGGGUAAACGUGUCAAGGUGCCGUCAGCGUAGCGCAACGAUUCCGGUGACGACACGCAACCAACACACAUUGAUUCAACGAGGAAAUCAGACGAAGGUGCAUUUAUUUCCAUAGCAACGUGACGACACUCGGAUUCUUGUCCACGGAUACGCAACAAGCCUCGAGGUACGAAGCGGAAGCUGUACCAGCGACAAACUACUACCAGGAUACGCAAAUGUGAUCAUGUGAAGGAAGGAUAUGAUAAACUGUGGCCGAUGAAGAGAAGAGCACGAGCAAGAGUACGAGCAGGAGCACGAGCAAGAGCAAGCGGCUUCGUCGAGGAAGGCGAGAAGAAGCGACGACGAGGCGGCAGCAGCAAUACCAAUAAAAAGAUCAACACUAGAUCUGAUGUUAGCGGACAUUAACGGUAACUUGGCGGAUCUGAGAAGUGAAGCGAUGGCGUCGCAGAGAUUUUGUCUGCGCUGGAAUAAUCAUCAAAGUAAUCUACUCUCCGUUUUCGAUCAACUACUCCAUGACGAGUCGUUCGUCGAUGUUACGCUGGCCGUCGAGGGUCAGUUACUCAGGGCACAUAAGAUGGUGCUGUCGGCGUGUAGUCCCUAUUUUCAGGCCCUUUUCGUCGGACACCCCGACAAGCACCCGAUAGUCAUUCUUAAAGAUGUCCCCUACGUGGAUAUGCGCAGUCUUUUGGAUUUCAUGUAUCGUGGGGAGGUCAGCGUCGACCAGGAUAGGCUAACCGCUUUCUUGAGAGUCGCUGAGUCUCUUAGGAUAAAGGGCCUGACCGAGGUAAACGAGGACAAGUGUGACUUGCCUAGUAUUACCUCUUCGUUGCUUGGCAAUCAAAACACAGUACCUCCACCACCACCGAAUCUACAUAGAAUAAACCAAAUCGGGCCUCACCACCACGUCUCGCAGAAGAGGAUGCACCAUAUGUCGAGCCAUCCUCUCCUUGGUUCGGCCUUAUCCGCGCCAAAGAGAAAAAGGGGCAGACCGAGGAAGCUCAGCGGUUCUUCCGAUACGCCGAUCGGCGAGAUCACGGGCCAGGAGCUGCAGUCCUGUUCGGGGACAGAUCUCGUACAAGGUUCGCCAGAAAUGAUGGAAAUGAAGAUGAGUAUCGACUUUCAGAGCGAAAGCACCGGUAAUAAUGGUAGAGGCGGAAACUCCAGUACUGCUUCGGCGAGUAGUAACAACGUGAACAGCAAUAACGUCGGGAACUCGGCAUCAUCGGGAGCCAGUCUGGCUGCUUCCUCUUUGUCGUCGACGAGGAAGGACGAACCAACGGAAAAUGGUACUGACACACCCGAAUCACUAACAUCUCGUGUUAAACGGGAACCUGAACCGACGCCUAGCACCUCUGCCCAAGCUUCCGAUGAGACGUUCGCGCGGCCACACAGUAGGCAAGGGAACGAAGGUUUCAAGCAAGAGUUUUCAUCGGGGAACACGAAGUCGGAUGGCGAGACGUGGAAAGAGAAAGGUCGAAAUUCCGGAUCAGGAUCUUCGGCGAAUCAAUCGAGCACGGACACAUCAAACGCGAGAUCGAACACCACCACUUCGUUGACCACAACUACUAGCUCGACGUCCAACACAGCGUCCAGUUCCGGCACAACGAUGACCACCACGUCGACAAGAAGUUCGUCAAUGUCACCGGCAACCGGUAGGAACAACGCGCAGAACAGCGGCGGAAGUAGCAGUAGUAGUAGCCCUGCACCGACCACCAAUUCCUCGUCGACGAGCAGCGGUCACCAGAUCGGAACCAUGUCGGCUCCGCCUGGUCGACAGGUGCCGAAGAGACGCAUGAGGCGUCGCGCCACAUCGCACUCGCAGGAUCCUGCUGAACAGCUGACCGAGAUGUCCGUUCGCGGUUUGAAUCUCUUUCGUUACGCCUCGAUAUCCGAGGGUGUCUAUCAAUGCACUGAGUGUGCGAAGCUCGACAUUCAGAAGACGUUCAAGAAUAAAUACAGCUUCCAACGACACGCUUUUCUUUACCACGAAGGCCAUCAGAGGAAGGUAUUCCCGUGUCCGGUAUGUUCAAAAGAAUUCUCCAGGCCUGACAAAAUGAAGAAUCAUAUGAAAACCGUGCACGACUGCUUCAUGCCGAAGGAUUGCGUGAUGCCGUUUGGUUUUUUUCUCUCGCCUUAGCGGGCAGGGCGAGGGCGAGGUGGGAUGGCGAUCGGUCCAGCACGAAGAACGACCACUGAACCAGCGGAAGAGAACGCUGGCCGAGGAGAAACGACCGUCGCGACUAGUGACGUCCAAAGGAACUCGAGGAGCACGCUCUCGAGGACGACGUUGAAGCACGUGGCCACCUCGAGGAUGCUCUCCAUAUUCAGGCGGGGGCGUGUUUGAGAAAGCGAAAUCUUCCUUUCGUUUACUCUGUCGUCUUCUCAGCACCGCCCUAGUCUAGUCACCCGAUAGUGAAAAUACGUGGUCGUACAGAGAGACACCGAUAGAAAAAUCGAUCAAGUUGUCUUCGGUCUGAGAAAACAAAAUAUAUAUCAUAACCUGUGUGCCGCGGACCAAUCGCAUAGCCUAUCUCACCCCCGCGAUGAUCGACUCCUCACGUUGUAUUAAAGCGAGAUCGGAUUUCCUACGCGUGCGAUCAAUUUUUGAUAGUCGUUUUUAAUGGAAGCCCGACGAGUAUCGUCUUUUCGGGAAGAAGGGCGACCGACGGUUGAUAUCGGCCAGUGGAGGAGACUAACGUGACAGAUCGCAUACAAACACUGCUGAGCGGAACGACGUCGAGUUAUCGCGGGGAUUUUUUUCUUUUUUCUUUUUCUUUUUUUUUUCUUCCUUUUUUUUUUUGAAUUAAAGGACAAAGAGAAAGAGAUGUCUAUACUCGAACGUAAGUGCUCGAGUAGUGCUGCUGUGUACAUUAGUAUUAUAUAAUCCUUGAACUGUGCAAUAGCGCGCAAUGCUUGUGGACGAUCGAUGCCCGGCUGUGUCUCCUUCACUUGCACGACCAUCCUGAUCGCCAUGGUUUUACACAUGGAAACGUAAGCCGCGUGAAAUUUCAAAGAAAUUCGCGGAGAAAGCGAUUUGGCCAGUGGGAAAAAGAGGAACUUUUAACGAUAGCGAUUGAAAAGGCUAUACUUGUUUAUAGGUUUUUAUCGUGUAACUAAUAUUGUAGGCGGUUACGUUUGCGUAUGUAUCAUAUAUGGGAACCAUUGUUUCACAAUGUUGAAAGUAAUGUUUAUCGUGUCGAGUCCGCGUUACCGAAAAGUUUUCUUUUACUAAAUAUCGUCGCAGUAUUUUACGCGGGCGUAGUCUGCAUAUAAAAUUCCAAUUUUCUCUUUAUAUUUUGAGAAACGAAAUUUAACGAUAUUGGUGAACAAAAAGAGAGAGAUAUAUAUUCUCGCAAAACUAGCCAGCUUUCUCGUGCCUUUAUCAACCGCGUAUCCCCUUUUUCUUUUUCCUUUUCUUUUUCUUUGAUACGAACGCAUCAUUUUUGACAUGUAAAAUUUAUGUCUAGAGUAUAUCUUCCUUUUCUUCUUUUUGAAGCAAAAUAUAACGGAGCAACAUAAGCAAUACGAUUAAUGUGACUGACAAAGUAUCGUAUGGGUAUAUUCCCGUUUUAGAUUAUAUCGUGAUAGCUUUAAAAAAACUUCCAAUGCUUUAACGCACGCGCGAUGUUUUUAUUUCUUUUUUCACUUCUUUUUGUUUCCUUGUUGUACCCGCUCUUUCAAAUUCAGCAGUUCACGUGUGAAACGUUGGUUGUGAAUAUGUUCUCUCUUCUUUCCAGAUAUUUUCCAAUUUUCCACCUUUCAUAGUUCCCUAUACAUCUGCACAAAACUGUAUGCAAUCACGAUCAAACUAGUUGUUUCCCGCCAAAAAAAUGAAAUUUGGAUAUUUUUCCCCUUUGUUUGUAUCGGGGAAUGUCACCUGUAUCUUCAAACUUUCAACAAACAUUCAUCUAUGCUUAUCAAUUUGCAUAGAAGCUUAUUGGAGCGAUAAUAACGUGCUUCCAAAUUUUUGUCAGAUGUGUUAUAUUCUAAAGUAACGAGAAGAAAGAUGAGCAGAUGGAUUGUUAUCAAAAGUGCAGAGUUUCAUAGCCAGGAUUCGUAUUAAUAUUAUUAUAACUGUUAUUGCUAUUUUUCUCUUUUUAAUGUUUCCUACGCCUUCCAACAGAUUUGAUUCCAAUGGUGCGUAAUAAAGCAUAUUAGUAAAAUAUUAAAAGAAAGAAAGGCAGAAAGAAGAUGAAAAUGUAUAUUUAUCAGAGAGUUUAUUAACGGUUCCCUACGAGGCACAGAAGUCUCGCAGAGUUCAUUAGAUAGUGCCUAAAAUAGAGAAAAGGGAGGAAGAAACAUGAAUUAUACUGCAUAACAGACCGGUAUAUGUACAGGUUUUCUGGGAAAGUGUAUUAUAGUUAUUACCAAUAAUUAAUUAUUAUUCUUACUAUUAUUAUUACUGAUUUACUAUUACUCGCACUACUAUUAAUGCAGCAAAAAUAAUAUUAUUUUUAUUUUCACCGUUACUAUUAUUUCUAUUAAUAUUAUUGUUUGAUAAGAAUUAUUAACUUUUAGAUAUGGACAAGCACCGAUAGAAUUGGUUAUUAUUGCUAGGUAUAUAAGUUAAUAAUGCACAGGCAAACACAGACAAGUUAUAAAGAAAGUUAUCUAUACAGGCAUAGUAUAUUUAAUGACCCUCAGUUAGUUUUGGGUCUGGACCGUUUGUUUUUUCUCCUUGAUUUAUUAUUAUUAUUAUAUUAUUAUAUUAUUAUAUUAUUAUAUUAUAUUAUAUUACAAUAUUAUAUUAUAUUAUACUUUUUUCGUUCAUUCGUUCGUUAAAAAAUCUGAAAGAAAUCUAUUAUUUGAUACAUUGUUAACACGUUUUCUUUUUUUUCGGUGUUGGGACACCGCAAAGUAGAAAUAGUUGAACGAAAUAUAAAUUUAUUCGCGCAUAUGUACGUGCGUGCGUGCACGUCCUUAUAUAUAUAUAUACAUACAUACAUACAUACCAAUAACUUUUUGGGGAAAUGUUCAAACAUCGUUCACGCAGUCGAGCAGAACUAAUGCAAACGAAGUGUUAUAAUUUGUUAGUAGGAACAACGCGUUACUAUCCCUCCGUAUCAGUUCUAAAACAUAAACCAGGAAAGAAAGAACGAGAGGAAAAUAAUUCGCCAUUCGUUGUAAUUUCUACUAUUCUCCAUCGUUUCGUUAUUUUUCAACCUGAUAAAAGAUAAUAUUAUUCAGCAACAAAAUUAAACAUAUCAUUAAAUUAGAUGCUUACAAGAAUGUAUUUGUUUGAUCGCAUAACAAUUUUACCCAUAGAUCUGACGUUAUAAAUCCCUUAUUUUACAAAAUUUGUUAUAAAUUAAAAAUUAAAUUAACAGCGAAUUAAUAUUUCCUCUUUCGUCCACUCUUCCUGCUAUUUUCCUUUUCUAUAAUGCUAUAAUUCGUUGCGAGAACUUUCGAACGAAUACUGAACGGAAAGCAGUAUUUUGGUCUUCCGCAUCGGUGUUAUACGCAUGAGAGAAAAUGAGCAUGGAUGUUAGACGUGUGAUGUGUAUGUCUCAGAAUGAUGAGGAUGAUGAUGAUGAUGAGGAUGAGGAUGAUGCUGAUGAUGAUGAUAAUGAUGAUGAUAAUAAUGAUGAUGAUGAUGAUGAUGGUAAUGACGACGAUAAUGAUGAUAAUCAUCAAAUCUUAACUAUUACAGAGAACUAUUUAAAAGAAUAUAUAUAAAGAGAAAUAUAUUACGUGAGAGGGAAUGUGAACCCGCGUGUGAUUUCGUUGCCGUAACACGAGGAACUCGUCGAGUUUCUCUCUCGUAGAUCCAGCUCGCACUCGUAGUCGGUAUUUAAAAGGAAAAAAAAAGCAAAAAAAAAUAUAUCGAUAUAUAUAUACAUAUAUAUCUUUUAUAUAUAUAUAUAUAUGUGUGUGUAUAAUAUAUGUAUUAUAUAUGAUUGAUAAUCAUAUGUUUAAUAUAACACAUAUAUGUUAUAUAUAUAUAUAUGUUAUAUAUAUGUAUAUUUAUAUAUGUAUAACGAAAUUGCGUAAAUGUAAAGGAAAAACAAUGAUAACUGUUUAGUUUCCGUUAGGUGAAGCACGAAAUUUAUAUUCGCGCACAAUUCUGUUUCUUGCGUCCAAUUUGUAGUUGUUAUGUAGGAAGCGUAACGUUCAUUUUGAUAUUAUGCAUAUACGAAAAAGCACACAUCUACAAUACUACCAGAAUACAGAGCACGUUUUGAAUUCCGUAUCGCUUGUUAAUCACUGAAAGAUAUAUUAACAGUUUCGGAGAAAUUGUGUAUGGAUUCGCAAUUUGAGUCAGUGAUUGAUGUAUAAUAUGUGGGAUCGAUACGUACGUUUAUAGAAAAUGGGCAUCGUAUGCAAUUUCGAUUGAUUGCUUGUGUUAACGAAGAAAAUUAUUACUAUUUGGAAAGAUAAGGUUUGCGCCAUACGUAUACAGUUGAAGGCUCUAACGUCAUUGCGAUACCAAUGAGUCUUAGGAAAGAAAAAGGAAAUGACAAAACGAAUUUCUUAAUUCUAUGAUGUGUGCAAAAGCAAUCGAAAACGAUCGUGUUAUACUUUUUUUUUCUUCACUUUCCAUGCAUUGUGACUACCUUACUUCUUACGUUUUAGUUUUAUACCAUUAUUGUAAUAGUUCUAUUAUAUUAUAUUAUAUUAUAUUAUUAUUACACUAUUAUAUAUAUUUAUAUAUUAUAUAUAUAGCAUAUAUAUAAUAUAUAUGUAUAUAUAUUAUUGUCAUCGUCAAAUAACGUUUAUUAUUUUAUUUUUAGUUUUAACUAUAACAUCGGGUAAUUAGGUUACGAGAUAAGGUGCGUUAGGCUUUAAAGGAAGCCACACGAUUAACACAUACGGAAUGAGGAUACGAAAUAACCGAACAAAAUGCAAAUGCGGUUACUUGAAUUUUUCAUGAUGCAGAGAUAUUUUAUUCGAGCGUUAAAUGCUAUUGUAGCUUGUGACAUUAAUGCGAUGCCUUCUAUUACGUUUCCAAUUUUAUUCGUUGAAGUAGAAUGCAAGAUAUAGAUGAUAUAUAUUUAUGUAUAUUGUCACGACGUUCUGGCGAAUAGACUUAUUUAUAUUUACCAUAGUUAAAUCUGCACGUUUUAUUCGUGUGUUAGCGACGAGUACGUUUUUUCUUCGCGUAAACCGAUGAAAAAGUCGCAACGCAUCAGUGUCGUUUGUGUCUCCUCGUCUAUUACCAGAACCUCGACCCACUACAAAUCUUUCGUUUGCUGCGAAUAAAAUUCGCGGUUUACACGCACGUUUAAAUAUCUAUCGAUAAAAAGAAAGCACCGGCAGACGUCUUAAAUAAAGAAAAGGAAAAGGUAUAUACACGCAUGUCCACCUGCAUUAUUAUUCCUACUUACUGUUCUUCGACGCUUUAAAAAUGGAGAUAAUGCAAGUGAGUUUUAUGAAAUUCACCGUAAUGUUAUAAAGAUAUACAGACAUAUACGAAAUAUAUAGGUACCAGUACUGACACUUUUAUUUGCACUCGAUCCUGGAAGCAUCACUCGACACUCUGUUUCGAUAGAAGGAAGAAGCAGUACAUAAUUCUAUUAGUGACACUAAAAGUAACAAAACGCAUUCAUGCAGGAUGUUAAAACUACGAAAAUGUACUAAUAAGUAAUGGUAGAUUUUUGCAAUAGAAGAGAAGGAAUUGUGAGAAUUAUUAAAAGAUAUAGACGUUGCGAAUACAGAAAAAAAUCUAUUAUAUAUUAUAUAUAAAUACUAUAUUAUAUUAUAUUAUUAUAUAUUAUAUUAUAUUAUAUUGUACGUUCGCCCCGUUUGAGGGUAGAAGCGCGCUUAUACAAACAAACAAAAAAAAGUUAUAUCAUAUAACAGUAAUAAUAAAGAAAAUGAAGCUAUACGUUCGCAGAUUAUCGUCGGUCGUUGACUGUACAUUUAAGUGUACGUACAUAUGUACCUAUUAUAAUCAAUGCCGGGUGGCGAUAAGGACUAUAACAAUUUAAUACCUAUUAUUAUUUUUAUUUGUUUUUAUCUAAUUGUAGUUUCUUUGUAACUCUUUGUGAUAUACAACUGCAAUACCCGACCGUUUAUUUCUUGUAUCGAUUAGCGCAACCUUCAUUAAAGCAAGACAGAGGAACAUA